GCAGAACAGGCCGCGGAGGAGGAGCGGGCGCAUUCAGUUGAUGUGGUGGAGUCGGCGGCAGCGGAGCCCGCUAUCACUGCCGCAACCGUAGCCGAGCCGUCAUCAUCGGAGGCAGCAGCAGCGGCUGCCACGUCAGCAGCCGUAGCAGCGGCAAUGGCUAACAUCAUGGCAGCCGUACGGGCACAUGCAGAGCCGUGGGAGGUCACAUCAGUCCCCUUAACGUCGGCAUCCAUCACGGCGUCGCCUACAAGCGGCGAACUGGCCACCCAGGAUGAGGCGUCAACGGCCGCUGAGACAGCUGUGGCCUUGAGCUGCAGCCCGGCCGGAGCUUCAACCGCCACUGAGGAGGUGGAGAAGGAGAAGACGGAGGAGGCAAUGGACCCGGCUGAGGCGGCAGUGGCAGCGGCGACGACCGCCGUCAACGCAGCCACCGUCGCGCAGGUGCUGCCGGGUGCUUGGGUCGACAACAGCUUGGAUGCUGCCGCAAGCUGGCGGGUAGCCAGUACGAAGGACGCUAGCGCGCGCGCUGGUGGGUGCUGCCAUGCGAUCGAUCCCGUGGCGAUGCAGUUCGAGCCCUUGGCAGCGGCGGCGGGGCCGUCAGCAUCGAAAGACACGGUAGCGACGGCGGUGGUGAUUGAGGUAGCGGCUGCGCAGCAGGAGGGGGCAGAGGUUAGCGAGCAGACGGAGCAGACAGCGGAGGCUGUUGCGGUUGUGCAGACGGCGGCGGAGCACGAGGACCAGGUGCGCGAGGCGACGGAGCAGGCAACACCGGCUGAGGAGGAGGACGGGGAAGAGGAGGCGGCUGAGAGGGGGGAGGCGGCCGAGGAGGAUGAGGCUGAUGGCGAGCAGCCGGGCGCACCGCUGAGGCGCCAAUCCCUCAGCCCAACCAUCUUCCGGCAGCCCCGGCAUGUGGCGCGAGUCCUCGGGGUCAGCAGCAGCCGCAGCAACAGCAGCAGCUCUAGCCACGCCCCUUCGUCUUCCUCCUCCACACCCUCCUCCGCCCAUUCCACGAAGGACGCUCAGCCCCCAUGCAUUAGCUACAUGGGGGCUGAGUUCUGGGAACGUAACAGCCCCACCGGCAGCAGCAGCAGCAGCAACCCUGCAGACAGCACCGCGGGCGGAACCAGUGGGGCUAGGAGUAACAGUAGGCGAAGCAGCAGCAGCAGCGCAGGCGAUGGUUGUGAGGCGGAGUCGUCUCGGCGACGGCUUGAGUCGGGUUCGAGCGGCGGUUGCCGUACAGCAGGAUACGACCGUGACGACUUUCCUGACGAAGUGACCCAUGGGUCGGGCAGUAACGUGUCGCCAUUGCGGCCCAGCAGGUUGCCGCAGCUGGAGGCGGGAGCGGGGAGCGGAGGCAAGGGAGUGAGGAGAGCGGGUUUAGACGUGCUCGGGAAGGUGG